AUGGAUGUUGAAGAAGACUUGCUGAUAGUUGACGAGGUCGGCGUCUCUAGUCAACAAGCAGGGCGCGAACAAACUUCCGCCCGGCCCGUGUUUUCAGACCCUGAGAGGGUCUAUUGUAGAGUGGCGGAUCCCGGCCAGGAAAGACUCCGCCGAAGCGAAGGCUCGGGUGGAUAUUCGUAUGCGGACGCGGUUCGGGACCGCGUGGUGCGGAAUUCGAAUGUCGCCCGGCGAAAAUCUACAUAUAGGAGGAAAAUACUUUAUGUAUUCCAAAAUGUAAUUCUUUGGAUAUGUCGGACUCGAGUAGAACCCAUACCGACUAAAAACCUCCUCAUCAUCUGGCCCCUAUUUCAUUCGCUGGCCCGCCGUUAG